AUGGCUCUUGUUGAUGCCAACUACAGGUUUCUGUGGAUAGACGUCGGAGGUCAUGGGCACAUGUCAGAUGCCCAGAUAUAUAACAAUUCAGAGCUCAGUGAGAUGCUAGAAGAUGGAACCAUUGGCUUACCACCUCCAGAACCUCUUCCAAAUGAUGACCGUGAUAUGCCUUACUUCAUUCUUGGUGACGAUGCUUUUGGGUUAAGGACCUAUUUGAUGAAGCCCUUUGGAAGACGCGGCCUGGAAAGGGAGAAGCUCAUAACCAAUUACCGGCUAUCUAGAGGAAGAAGAGUGGUCGAAAAUGCAUUUGGCAUCCUGGCGGCCAGAUUCAGAGUGCUUCUCACAACUAUGCAGCAAACACCGGAAAUUGCUGCAACCAUAGUUGAAUCGUGUGUGUGCUUGCACAAUCUAAUGAGGAUUAGGUAUCCCGGCCUACAACAAGCUCAACUGGACCAAGAGGAUGACCAGCAUAACCUUGUUCCUGGAGCCUGGAGAACGAAUGAGAUGCUGACUGCAAUCCAGCAAGUAAGGGGCCAUAAUCGUGACGCAACCGACGCCAAACAGCAGAGGGAGUACUUAUCCAAGUACUUUAAUAGUGCAGCCGGGUCUGUGCCUUGGCAAGACAGAAUGGUAAACUAG